AUGAGCCCGCUGCGGAGCUGGCUGCUGGCCGCGCUCCUCUCGCUCACGCCGCGGGCAGGUCCCGCCGCGCACGCCGGCGCUCCGCAGCGGAGGCUCCCGCGGGCCGGAUGGCAGGACGGGCGGGUUGUUUCCGAAAUCACCCACCCCAGCAGGUUAGUGGGGCAGAGCUCAGGAGGAGAAGUCCAGAAGCAUCAGCUGGACACCAGGGUCAGGAAUGAGCCUAGAGGAGGAGGAGGAGGCCCUGGGGUGCACCUGGCACAGGUGAGCUUCGUGGUGCGUGCCUUCGGCUCGGCCUUCACCCUCGACCUCGAGCUCAACCACCACCUCCUCGCCUCACACUACGUGGAGCGGCACGUCGGCACGGGCAAGAACAGCAGCCACAGCACAGGUGCUGGGGAGCACUGUUAUUACCAGGGCCGGGUUCGCGGCCGGCCCCGUUCCUUCGCGGCGCUCUCCAGCUGCCAGGGCCUGCACGGUGUCUUCUCGGAUGGCAGGGACACGUACCUGAUCGAACCCCAGGCGGGUGCUGAGCACGGGCAGGGCCUUCGGCCACACGUCAUCCAGCGCACUCCGAGCUGCGCCCAGCCAGGCUGCCUCUUCGCUGCACUGGACCACUACAUCUCCGACAGUUUACCCAAGCUGCGGCGGCGGCGGCAGGUGCGACGAGCCCAGCACACGGUUCACAGCGAGACCAAGUACAUUGAGCUGGCGGUGGUGAACGACCAUCAGCUGUUCCUGCAGCUCCGCAAGUCUGUGGUCCUCACCAGCAACUUCGCCAAGUCCGUGGUCAACCUGGCCGACAUGAUCUACAAGGAGCAGCUCAACACCCGCAUCGUGCUGGUGGCCAUGGAGACGUGGGCCUCCGAGGACCGGAUCCGCAUGGAGGAGGACUCGCUGGAGACACUGAACGAGUUCAUGAAGUACCGGCGCGAGGCGAUGCCAGAGCAGAGCGACACCGUCCACCUCUUCUCGGGACGGACGUUUCAGAGCAGCCGCAGCGGCACCGCCUUCGUGGGGGGCAUCUGCUCUCCCGGCCGCGGCGGGGGGGUCAAUGAGUACGGCAAUGUGGCAGCCAUGGCCGUGACGCUGGCACAGACGCUGGGGCAGAACGUGGGCAUGAUGUGGAACAAGCACCGCACCUCGGCAGGGGACUGCCGGUGUCCCGAUGCGUGGCUGGGCUGUAUCAUGGAGGACACAGGGUACUACCUCCCACGGAAGUUUUCCCGCUGCAGCAUCGACGAGUACAACCAGUUCCUGCAGGACGGCGGCGGCAGCUGCCUCUUCAACAAGCCCCUGAAGCUCCUGGACCCUCCGGAGUGUGGCAACGGCUUCGUGGAGGCGGGCGAGGAGUGCGACUGCGGCUCGCUGGCGGAAUGCGCCAAGAGCGGAGGCAACUGCUGCAAGAAGUGCACGCUGACCCACGACGCCAUGUGCAGCGACGGGCUGUGCUGCAAGGGCUGCAAGUAUGAGCCGCGUGGCGUGUCCUGCCGGGAGGCCGUGAACGAGUGCGACAUCCCCGAGACCUGCACUGGGGACUCGAGCCAGUGUCCCCCUAACCUCCACAAGCUGGAUGGCUACUUCUGCGAAAACGAGCAGGGCCGAUGCUACGGUGGGCGCUGCAAAACCCGAGACCGGCAGUGCAACGCGCUGUGGGGUCGCAGCUCGGCAGAGCGUUUCUGCUAUGAGAAGCUCAACGUGGAGGGGACCGAGAGGGGCAACUGCGGGCGCGAGGGCUCAGGCUGGAUGCAGUGCAACAAGCAGGAUGUGCUCUGCGGCUUCCUCCUCUGUGCCAACAUCUCGGGUGCUCCCCGGCUGGGCGAGCUCAGCGGCGAGAUUGCCACCAUGACCUUCUUCCAUCAAAACCGCUACGUGGACUGCAGGGGCGGCCACGUGCAGCUGGUGGACGGCUCGGACCUGAGCUACGUGGAGGACGGGACGCCCUGUGGGCCCAGCAUGCUGUGUCUUGACCAUAAAUGCCUUCCAGUGACAGCCUUUAACUUCAGCUCCUGUCCCGGCAGCUGGGACGGGAAGAUCUGUUUUGACCAUGGGGUCUGCAGCAAUGAGGGCAAGUGCAUCUGCCAGCCCGAGUGGACGGGGAAGGACUGCAGUGUCUACGACCCCAUCCCCGAGCCAAAGCCCACAGGCGAGACGGAGCGAUACAAGGGUCCCAGUGGCACCAAUAUCAUUAUUGGCUCCAUCGCUGGGGCCGUGCUGGUGGCUGCCAUUGUCCUAGGAGGGACUGGCUGGGGAUUUAAGAACAUCCGUCGAGGAAGGUACGACCCAGCACAGCAGGGAGUGUAG